AUGCUGACCCCUAAUGCAGUCAACAAAGUGGUUGCAUUUCAGAUGAUCUGUAGGGCCAACGGGUAUCUUCUAGAUUACUUCGUUUUCAAGUUUUUCUUUCGAUUCUACGUCACUGGAGAUAAGUGCACCUUUUCGGUCCGACGAGGGGGGCACGCCUUAGUUCCCGACAUGCAGACCCCUAAGAACUGGCAGGACAAGUGGCUAUGGGUAAACCAGGAGUUGGUCGGAAGCGAUCGGUAUCGUGUGAAUGCUUUUGCCGAUACCAUCCCCAAGCUUUUCCCUCACAACCAAAGUGUCACUGAUUACCUGAAGAUAUCCAGGUUUAUCCUCAGGUCCCGUACGUUGCUUUCUUCAUCCGUGCUAGCUACCCUUAGUGUACUCACUGUUAACUCCAUGGGGAGCAUAGAUUCUGUCGCGUAUGUGAAGCAUAACGAGGUUUCUUGUGUGCUCGUUCGCGGUGUGGUCCUGUGUGACCAUAACAUUGUCGGUAUCUCCUCCGCCCAGUUCCCUUUUGCUUUGGCAAACAUUUUCUUGACCCCAUUCACGAUAGUUCGAUUGGACACCUCAGUCUAUCCAUUUGCUUGUGGGUGUGCUACUGAUGUGAAUCGUUGA